AUGGCAGUGGCAGUAGCAGAUGCUCACAUGGAGGAGCUGGUGGAGCGCUCUGGAUCCAUGGCUGUUGAGGCGGAAGGUGCAGGGCUGAGAGAGCCGUACCAUGGUGAUGCCCUUCUAGCACCUGAAGCAGACUUCAUAGUAGAUGACCAUGUCUCAGCACACAGCAGUAUGGAGGUGGCUGACCGGCUUACAUACCUGGAGCAGCGCAUCCAGAUGCAGGAGGACGAGAUCCAGCUGCUGAAGAUGGCACUGGCAGAUGUGCUCAAGAGACUCAACAUCUCAGAGGAACAAACUGCUGCACUGACUAAGAGAGGGCCUGCUAAAGCCAGGCCUGUCUCUCUGGCCCUGCCCUCCAAAUCAGCCAGCAAUACAGCUUCACCACUGAAGAAGAGCUCCAGCUCCACACUGCCCUCUACUGCAUCCUCAAGAAACUACAGCCCAUCACCAGGCAGCAAAAGUCCAGCAGGCAGUGUGAAAGACAGUCCGAGUGGUCCAAGCAGGCGCACUCCUGUACCUACCACAACAACCAUCUGUAGGAAACAGCAAGACAGGAACACGACGUGUGACACACUGCAAAGUGGACCACCUCUGGAUAAAGCAGCCCCAGAGAAGACCAAAGCAGGAGCUGGAAAAAGCUCUGCUGUCCCCCAGCAGAAGAGCCCAUGUCAAAGCCCCUUCUCCCCCACUAACACCCCCACCUACAAGAGCCCAAUCAAAUCACCCAAUCAGUACUUUCAGAUCUGUUACUGA